CCUGAGCAACAAUUGUAAUGGAAUCAAAACUAAUAGAAAAAUCUCAGUGGCCAGAGCUCAGAGAUUUGUACGCGAAUGAUAGGACUAAUCUCACGGGAUUCGACUUAAUCGAGUACUUUAUAAACUACAUACCCUUAUCCGAAUCAGAGUCCAUUAAGAUAUGCACCAGCGAUAAGGAUUGGACAACGCAUGGCAGCUAUAUACUAAUUCAUUAUUUGGAUGGCAAGGCCUAUAUUUACUUUAAUACCAUUAAGGGAUCGCUGGCAGAUCUAGAAAAACUGUUGUGCUCCCUUAAUCUGAAUGUGUUCCACUUGAUUUGUGGCUAUGAAGAGAGAUUAAAGCCAUUAGUCGAGGCAUAUUGGCUGAAUUUGGGUCAAGAUUUGACAAGACUUGAACACCAGGGCGCCAUUGUUUAUCACCUGCCAAGCUGCGAAGUUCCCAGUUGGAAACCGAGUGUAAAUACCUCUUGCAAAGUUGCUUAUCUCACUCCCAAACAUGCCGAAUUGGUCGACAAGCACUGGGCUUAUCGCUCAGCUGAUUCUAUGACUUUGAUAAGUGGUUUUAUGGAGAACAAUCUCACUGCUGGGGUAUUUGAUAUCCAAGGAGAACCUCUUGCCUGGUGCCUAAGAUCUCCCCAUGGAAGUCUAAGCAACCUGCACGUCUUAUCCUCACGUCGUCGAAAGGGAUUGGGAUCCUUGGCAGUGCGCUUUUUGGCUCAUGAAAUCAAGUCAAGGGGCUCAGAAGUCCUGGCUACUGUUGUUCCCGAAAACGAGGGUUCGCAAAAAAAGUUCCAGAAACUGGGCUUCAAGCCCAUCAGCAAACUCUACUGGGCAGUGAUACCCUGCUUUACAUAUAUACACAAUAAAUAGAGACUUCGAACGCCUACUUUACUUCU